AUGAUGCUGAAAUUCUCAGUCUUCUGCGAAGGGUUAUCUAAUAAGAUCAGGUCAAAUUCUAGGGCAGAGUUAGGGAUGGAAGCCAAACUAAGUAAUGGGUUAUUUAACACAAAUGCUCAAAAAGUUGAGUUAAAGUUGGGUCUUUCCGAGGGAGGAAUGAAGUAUGCGGAAGGAAACUAUUUUUCAAGGUGGAUUACCAAAAGUAAGUAUUCGGAGGUAAUGGACUCUCAGGAUCUUAAAAACUAUCAAAAUAGUCAAUAUUUUGGUAAAAUCGAGGUGGGAACCCCUCCAAGGGAAUUUAUUGUGAUUUUUGAUACAGGAAGUUCCAGUGUGUGGAUCCCUAGUAUUGAAUGUAAGCAUAAAGGUUGCGAGCCUCAUAAUAAGUAUGAUCCAAGUCUUAGUACAACUUAUCAAAAAUUUGGGGAUGGGUCUUUGGAAACUUACAUCCAAUAUGGAACAGGCUCUUGUGUAUUAAAAUUUGGAAAAGAAGUCAUAAGUAUAGGAAAGCUAAAAAUAGAGGAUCAGUCUUUUGGAAUGGCUAUAGAAGAAAGUACAUCUCCUUUUGCUGACUUACCAUUUGAUGGUUUAGUAGGGCUUGGAUUUCCAGAUAAGAAUAGUAAAAAGAACAAUAUUCCAACAAUUAUUGAGAAUAUUAAAGAACAUAAUAUUUUGCCGAGAAAUCUUUUUGGAGUUUAUAUUUCAAGAGAUUCAAGUAUUCCAGGCUCAAUAUCUUUUGGAGCCGCAGAUCCAAAAUACACAACAGGUAAUCGAAAAGUAACCUGGCAUCACCUUGUUGGGUCCCAUUAUUGGGAAAUCAAGGUCAAAGAUAUAAAGAUUAAUGGAGUUACCACUAAUUAUUGUUUUGGGGAUUGUAAAGCAGCUAUUGAUACUGGCUCAUCUGUUUCAACAGCUCCAAGUAAUUUCAUGAGAAAGAUUACCAAGGUUAUACCUUUGGAGGGGGACUGUAAUAAAUACCUAUCUUCUCCUAGGAUAACUUAUGUGAUCGAGGAUAUUCAUGGAAAUGAUGUAGAGAUGCAUAUGGAUCCUCAAGAUUAUGUAAUUGAUGAAGGUGGCCCAUCAGCAUUCAAUGCAUUUAGCUAUUAUUGGGGCCCACAAGAACAUUUUUGUAGUAUCGGGUAUAUUCCUCUUGAUAUUCCAGCUCCAAGAGGCCCACUUUUUGUACUUGGAAAUAAUUUUAUUCGAAAAUACUAUUCAAUAUUUGAUAGAGACAAUUUAAUGGUGGGUUUUACUUUGGCAAAACAUAGUAAAUAUGGGCCUAUGUUCAUUUCAUUAUCAUCGAAUUCCGAGUCCAUCUUCAAAAGAACAAUAUUUAGACUCACUAUCGUAAUCACCCUGUUACUAUUCAUUAUUUAUUAA